CGGAACAGUGGAACGGCGCCAUUCAAGAUUUUAGGGGCCUCCGCUGCCGCUUGUCGGGCGGGUUGAACAGAUUGCAGGCCCGUUGUUGUGGAGAGUGAAGCGGCGCGGACCGUAGGAUCGCCUGCCGAGAGGUGACGUGCGUGUCUUCCUGCCGUUCCUUUUUUCUACCCCCGGGCCUGUCGCGGCUCCCGAGACGAAAUCUCCGCCAUUCCCUUCGGUCCUCCUCCGCUCUUCGGAAGCGGCUCCCAGCUCCGGCGACUUCCGCCAGUGCUCGCGGGUUCCUUUUGCGCUCCGUUCGGGCUAGGGUUUCAGCAGGGAGGUUCUUGCUUCGUUCUUCGAGUUGGAGGUGGAAGAAGAAGCCUAGGGUUCGUUUUCGGUGAUUUGUGGUGCGAUCUCAUGGACGCGGCAGCCAAGGGAGAGAAAGCUUUCGAAGAUGCAAUGAAAAAUCUGAAGAUAGAGCCAUCACCAAAAGCCAGCACCAUCAAUAUGUCUGGCCCCAAAGAUGCAAGGCCUGCUGAUGCAACAUCUUGCAUCUCCUCAAGGGAUGCAACAAGCAGCAUCAAAGGUAGUGAGGUGGACCAGGAGACUUUGGUGGGCGUGCCAGGCAUGUAUCACUAUGGAUGCUACUAUCCUGGCACAGGAAAUGGAUCGUUUGGAGAAUGGGAUGACCAAAGUUACUUUUUGGGAACUGAUGGCUUAGAAAUUCAGCCUCCUGCCGUUCAAGUAGAUGGAUCAUUUGUAUAUUAUCUGCCAGGAUUUCAACCUGGAUACACUUCUUACAAUACAUCCUUUCCUGGAGCUAUGAUUGGUUUUGAUGGACAGUACAACUUGGGCCAACAGUCAUAUUACCCAGCACCGAUAAUCCCUCAACCCCUCGUUUCUCCAGCACCUUUUCCUCAACCAGUUGCUUAUGGACCUGAGCCUGUUCCUGUGUACCAAUGGGAUCCAUCUUUUCUGUUUCCAGAUGGGUUCCAAGGGAGCACAACUAAUGGAGAUCCAUCAAAUCUAUGUAGCAAGCCUAAUUACUCUUCCCAGAGCAAUACAUUUGCAAAUUUAAAAGCUUCACCAAGCCCAAAGUUUACCUCAGAAACAAAAGGAUCCUCACCAGCAUCAGAUGGGUCACUAACGCCUGCAGUAUGUGGUCAACCUCUGAAGCCUGUGAAUAAGGCAGCUGCUGCUGUUCUAUCCAAAGGUUAUCCUCCCAUAAACAAGUUUCCUUCGUAUAUUAACCAAGGGAAAGGUGGCCUGCUGUAUCCAACCAGCUCCGUCAAUUUUAAAGAAAAUGGUAGAAGUUUGGUUGGCAGUGAGAAGAUGAAACCAAGAAACAAGCUAAAUGGCUCUGGCGAUUUUGAUUUGCUAAAUGAACAGAAUCGUGGUCCAAGAACAAAUAGCUCCAAAAAUUCUUGGAACUCUGAGGUUGAACCUGUUGGAUCUCUCACUGUUGAGAAGAAUGAGAACAGUAGCGCCUCAAUUGCUGCUAUUGUAAACAAAGAUGAAUAUAACCGUCCUGAUUUUCCUACAAAGUAUGAUCAUGCUUUGUUCUUUGUGAUAAAAUCAUACAGUGAAGAUGACAUUCACAAGAGUAUUAAGUACAAUGUCUGGGCAAGCACUCCAAAUGGGAACAAAAGGCUUGACCAUGCUUUUCAAGUUGCACAGGAGAAGAUGACAGAAAAGGGAAGCAAGUGUCCUGUGUUUCUUUUCUUUUCUGUUAAUGCAAGUGGUCAGUUUUGUGGUGUAGCUGAAAUGAUUGGCCGAGUAGACUUCAGCAAGAACAUGGAUUUUUGGCAACAGGACAAGUGGAAUGGGUUUUUCCCAGUAAAGUGGCACAUAAUAAAGGAUGUUCCCAAUCCGCAAUUUCGUCAUAUAAUAUUGGAGAACAAUGACAACAAGCCGGUUACUAAUAGCAGAGAUACACAAGAGGUGAAAUUUCCCCAAGGUACUGAGAUGUUGAACAUUUUUAAUAGCUAUUCCUCGAAGACUUCUAUAUUGGACGACUUUGGCUUCUAUGAGAAUCGGCAGAAAGCAAUGCAGGAAAAAAGGAGCAAGCCACCUACUCCAAAUGUGGUACAUUCAUCGCCAAAAGCUGAUGAUGAAUUAGCCCAGUUUGCAACGCAAGGUGAUCCAGAGUUCGAACUUUCUAGUCCCCCAUUGUUAGAGAUGUCUGCUGGCAAGACCAAGGAAGAGCAAACAGCGGUGGUUGCAGCGAAGUAACAGCCGUGCCUGUCCGAAUUGGGUGAGACAGCGGCAUGCUGUGCGAAGAUUAAGAAUCCGGGUUCAUUGGCUAGAUAAUGCUGUGGCGUUGAAAAAUUUGAAAAAUAAUAUAAAAAAAGGGCAGUGGCUGUGGAAAAAAAGUAACUCCCCAUGAGCAAGUUUCCAAUGAUUGGGGAUUGAUGCGAUGGCUGUUCCUAGUAGAGCCGAAAGCAGUACUCCUGGCGAUGACAAGUCUGGUGCCGGCGCAUUCCAAAGAAUUUUUACUCUGCUUCUGUUCUUAUUGGAGGAAAUGUCGUUUCAUAUUUUUUUGGUUCAUGUUUCUGGGGGGCGUCUGUUAUUGGUCCAAGGUUUUUAGGUGGUUGUGUUGUGGGUCAAGUGAAGCCCCCUCUGUUGGUGGGAUGGGUGGGUGGGUGGGUGGUCUUGCGGGUUCCUAGACCUGAGCUUUCCAAGUUGAAGCCCAAGGGCUAUGUGAAUGCAGUGUUGUUGUAAAAUUGAGGGAUGGAGGGGAAAA